ACGAACCAAAUCAUCAACAAACACUAUAACAAAGACGGUCUUGCAUGCCUGCAGGGUGCCUCUUCUCGCCAAGCUACCAACAGCAGCCAAGGUCAUCCGCACAUGAUCCAUCGCCUGAAGGUGGUGGUGGCACCUAUCGGUCUGACACCUUUCUCUGGACUGAUACAUAGGCCUCUGUGUAUCAACAGAGUGACAAGAUUGAUCAAAUUACGCUUAGCGGCCGAGAUGGAUGUCUUGGAAUUUCUGGUGCAGCUAGGCGGCGAGGAUGCUGCGACAGAGACCGGUUUUGCUCUCCGCACUUGGAUGUACCUUUCAACGAUUGUAGCGGAGCCAGAUAUUGCCAGAGCUAUGAGUGAGGUUGCGCAAGACGUGUUGAACAAAAGAAGCGAUUUUACAAGCAUGAGGCUGAUAGAGAUGAAGGUUGCCAACGGAAAUGGUGAGGUCGUAAAAUUGGAGAGUUGUUACUCGAGCAAGACUUGGCAAGCUCUACAGGAGAAAUGGAGUGAGAGUGGGCUGGGGGGUGUCGACAACUCGAACGGGUACCGUGUUGGAGACCUGAUCAAAUUUCCUGCAAAGAACGAGAGGUUCGCAAACGAGAAGGCGCUGGGCGAGAAAAGACACGGUAGCAUAAUUUGAGCGAGAUCAUGAUGUGCGGGAAUGAAUUAUGUGGUAUCGAGGUAUAUGCUAGCUGUUCAAAUGUGAAUGUCACCCUUCUCGUCGUAGAAGAUUUCUCUUGCCUU